CCUUUUUUUUUCCCUCCUCCCCAUGUUUUACACACACAGCUGAGAGAAAAGGGAGCCAGUCAGAGAAAAAACGACCUCAACCCUACGCCAGUACAGGCAGCAGCACUGGCAACCGCCGUCUCUUUGUUCUGUACUGGCUUUGACAACAAAAAAGUGAUAUUUAGAUAUUUUAAUCUUCAAUGCCAUCGCGAAAAUUUACAGAGAUGGACUCAAACGGGGCUGAGUACAUGGAUCACUGUGGGUCCUACGCAAAGAGAAGGAGGCAUGACAGCGAGCAGUCUGUCUCUAGUGGAGCCUCUGGCCUUGAGUACACAGACCUGGAGGCAGCUGAAGCGUUGGUGUGUAUGAGUUCUUGGGGCCAGGGCCACUUACUCAGCAGCAACAGACCAAACCCUUGCAAGGCCAGACCCCUCACCCCGGCUUCAGACUCCUGUGACUCCCUCUUGCCCUCAGAAAUUCCCGAGCCCCCAAAGGACUUUGUCUCCCUCUCUUCCUUGUGUAUGACUCCCCCUCACAGCCCCAGCUGUGUUGAGACUUCAGCAGUCCAGCCAAGCUCUGGCCUGGCUGUGUCCUCACAACACUGUGGUUCCGGGCUCCAUCAGCCUGUCCUUGCACCCAUUGCCGAAAAGACCCCCUCCAUACCCCGUCUGCCACAGCCCUGCAGAGCCAUGGCGACCAGCGUCAUCCGCCACACCGCAGACAGCACCCCCUGCCAGCAGCACAUUCCAGUGGCCCCCAAUCCAGAGAAAACUAGAGACAGAGUAAUGGCUGCAGUGGUCUGCCAGCAGCAGCAGCAGUGCAUUACAAAGACUGAUCAGAUAAGCACACCUCCAUCCCCUCCUGCUCCUCUCACACCCACAUCACCCCAAUCAAAAACAGAGCAGCAAGCCAGUCUCUCAAAAUCUUGUUUGGACAGUUUCUCCACACCUACUCAUGUCAAAGCCCAACCAAGCCAAAACAGUCCACCCACUCCCACUGCUCCCACAACCCUGACCCCACCCUCGGUCACUAGCCCUCAAAUCAUCUGCCAGAUGUUCCCUGUCAGCAGCCAGUCAGGCAUAAUCUCAGCCUUCAUCCCCGGUGCGGUUCAGACAUCCAGUACUGGGAUUCAGGCUGCCACCACAUCCAUUCUUCCCUCAGCUAACGCCGCGUCUGUCCAGCAGUCCCUCAUUGUGGGUUCAGCGGUGCCCCAGGGCACAGUGAUGCUGGUUCUCCCUCAGUCCUCCGUCUCUCAAGCCCCUCACUGCCCCCAGACUGUCAUGACACUGGGCAACACCAAGCUGCUACCUCUGGCCCCAGCUCCUGUGUACAUGCCAGCAGGGCCCAGCAGCGGGACAGCAACCGCAAAGAUGGACUUUUCACGCAGGAGAAACUACGUUUGCAACUUCCCAGGCUGUAGGAAGACGUAUUUUAAGAGCUCACACCUCAAGGCUCACCUAAGAACACACACAGGUGAGAAACCCUUCAGCUGCAGCUGGGACGGCUGUGAUAAGAGGUUUGCCCGCUCUGAUGAGCUAUCCCGUCACCGGCGAACACACACCGGCGAGAAGAAAUUUGUUUGUCCCGUGUGCGACAGGAGAUUCAUGCGCAGCGAUCACCUCACCAAACAUGCUCGACGUCACAUGACCACAAAGAAAAUUCCCUCCUGGCAGGCUGAUGUUCGCAGCCUGAACAAAAUGGCUGCAGGAAAAACACCUCCCUCAAAACCUGGCCUUGCCACGCUAAGCAUGCUGGUGCCUGCCGGUUCAAAGUAGACAAUAAACACUGCCAUCCUACCCACUCCCAAGACAUCACAGGGAGCAGCCAAGCACGCAAGGCUGCUGCUAUUUUACUCAUGGGAAUAAUAGAAAAAAACAUGCACUGGACUCUUUUAUUGCUCUCAACGGCUCAUUUGUACAUGUAUUUUUUUCUCUAAAGGAUACUUUUGUUUACUUUGAUAUAACUGAUAAUAUGUAUGCACCCUCGCCAAAGCCUUUGUAUGAAGUCUGUCUUAUUCGUCCCCCUCCCCCUUCCCUUGAUCAGCAGCAUCAAAACACUCUGGUAUACAUAUGUGUCUAUGUGAAUGUAUUGUAUGUUGUAUUAUGAAAUGCAUUUAUUUGUUAUAUUUGGAAAAAUGUUAACAUUGAAAAAAACAUGUAAAUAUGAAUAUUAAUUGUCAGUACUAUGAUUAUACCUUGAUUAUAUCUCCCUGUCUAACUUUUCAUAUUAUUUAAUACGUAUUUGUAAUAAAGAAAAGAUUCAAUGUUUAA